AAAAAUAACGUUCCACUUGUUAUCCGAAUGAACCCCUCCAACUAACGAAUGUUGUUUAUAACUAAUUUUCACUUUUUUAAAAAAUUUCAACGGCUAUAUUUCAUCUUCACCCCUCCCAAAUAGUUUCCGAGAAAUCUUCAAAACCCCAUCACUUUCCAGAUUCCAAAUCCCAUAUAUACACGACACCCCUCAAAAUCUCUUCUAAAACUCUGCAGAAAUCUCAAUACCUAAUUGGUAGCCUGCUUCUGCUCUCGAAUAUCACUUUGAUUCUGCGGAAAUUUGUUGUGAGUCUUCGUUCUACCUCAGAAGACGUUGAAUUGCGACAAUUUCGUGCAUGUAGAGGUUCAGAGAAGAACUGAAUUACGUGAUUUCUGCGGCGGCUGUUUGUUUGGAGUGGAAAUAUGUUGGCUGUAGCGCCAAAUUGUAUUACUCGUAGCUCGUUGGAGGAAAUGCUGGAGGCUCUUCAGCGAAGAGACGAGAGCGAGGCGCAGACGCCGCGGGAUGUGCCUCCUGCGCUGCCGCGACGUGCCGUCCCUCGCUCUCGCCUCCCGUCGGCCAAGAGGCGGCUACCUGUGGCUGUGAGCUCUGAAGCUGGUGGAAGCGGGGAGAGCUCCGCAUUUUGUAUGAAGAAUGGGAAAAUGAGAGGAAAUGGUUUUCGCGAUGAAAAAGAUAGAGAAAUGGAAUCCGGCGAAUGGUGUUACGGGGCAGCAGCAUCAGAUGAAAAGAGGGUUAAGGAGUCUGCUCAUGAUAAGGUUCUGCAAUGUACUACAGAGGUUCAGAAGGGUUUGGAUGAUCGUCAACACCUUCAGCAACUCAAUGAAGUAGCACUCACAUUCCAAUCAUAUGUUCGUGGUGAAAUUGCAAGAAAGGAGUAUAGCGCCUUACUCACGAAGAAAAAUCAGGUGAAGCUAGAGGAGGCGGCAAUUGUGCAAUUACAGUCAGUAAUUCGAGGAUGGUUGGCUAGAAGGCAUUUUAGUCACCUCCAGAAAUUGAUGCAGCCAACUCAUGGCAAAAUGGAAUCGGGCAUCAGCAAUUCUAAAGUCAAGAAUCUGCCUCCAGAUAUGUUGCCUUUGAUUGUUGGAGUGCUCGAAAAGAGGGUGUUAAUGGCAGAAGAAAGUCUUGAACUCAAGGAAAAAGAAAAUGCAACCUUUAGAGAGCAAUUGCAACAAUAUGAGGCGCGUCUGAAACAAUCUGAAGCAAAGAUGAAAUCCGCAGAGGAGAUGUGGCAAAAGCAGAUUGCAUCUCUGCAAGUGGAUGUGGAGAAGAGAGUCGAGCGAGAUGGAGAAGAUUUAAAACAUGGCAACAAUAUUAAUGGCGUGGCGAGAAGGAAGGUAAGCUUUGAGGAUGAAAAGGUAGGAGGAGGUUGGCAUAUGCAGAGGUUGAAACGCAUGAUGAAGGCAUGGAUGAAAGAGAAUAAGGUCCGAUUGAGAAGUUCAAAGACAAAAAUUCACUCAAUGGGGCAUGCUGAAGCUGCUCAUCAUACUCAUGCAAGGACGUGGUGGGGAAAGAAAAGCAAGAGAUCAUAGAAUCAUAAGAUCGAUCGUGAGGAUGAACACAAUUAAAGACUGAAUCUUGAUCGAUCCACAACUUUGUAAUUGCCGAUAUUUGGUCCCAGAAUUGUUUUAAUGUUCCUCUCAAUCUGUAAUUAUUAUUAUCAAAGUAUAUUUAUUUAUAUCUUUCCUUCAAA